CAUAGAGCAUAGAAACAGGUCACUCCGUGUCACUUUCUGGCAUCGAUUAUCCCCUUCGGUGCUUCACAAUGGCAGACCCGGAGCCCCAAAAGCCGGAAUCCCUACCUGACCAAUACCAGAUCGAGUCGGAAACGACCAUCACUCUAACCAAAUUGCCGAAACUAACCAGAGCUCACAUACCGGCCAGAAAAAAGAAGGUACAAUUCAGCAAGCCGGUUUCCAAGCUUAAGAAAAGGUAUUUUACGGCUGGCGUAGAUUUGGAUGAUGCAGAGAUCAAAGAUUUGCGUCAGGAACCGUCCCCCUUUGAAUAUCCUAAAGAUUUGGAAGUAUUUGCUCAUAAAGUAAUGACGAAAGCCUGGAGGAACGAUGUCCGGAUCAACGAGCUUCACAUGAAAUGCUUUCAAAAGCCCAGCCACAGAGGAAGGCACAAGAAGGACCUCCUGGCCAGGCUCUACGUGGAAGAUCCUCCCAAGGACAGCAUGAAGACAAUCCUCGACAUUGAUCCGGAAUAUUACAAAGCGGUCGAAGGAAGGCCGAUACCAGAUAAGUUGGACAUCAAGCAAUAUAUCAACACGGUGAGGGAUUCGUUGAGGACGAGGAUUAUAAACGGAUACAGGGAAGACGACAUCAUGUUGAUCGAGGAAAACCUCUUGCUGGAGCAAAAGAUUAUCGACUCGGUCAAGGAAAAUUACGAGAAGUAUGUAAACGUUUUUGAGGAGUUCCUCUACCGCGAUCACACGUCGGCCACGCAGCUGCUGCAGGAUUCAGACAGAGCUGCGGCCGAUGCGUAUCAAAAGUACGAAGAGUACAAAGAGGUGGCCAACAAAUUCGCCGCUCUGAGAUCCGCUUUAUACAAUACAGAAGAAAAAUGGCGGGGCUGCUUGAUGUACGAAAAGUUCCUGUUCUUGGUCAGUCCGUUCGCUUGGAGGACCGAAAGAAUGAAAAGAUCGAAGAGGUUGUCCGUGUAUAAAACCGAUGACGACACCGACGAGAACAUUUUCGGAAAGUACCAACUUACGAAAGAAGACGAGGAGAUGUCUUUAGAAGAGCUGCUGAUGCGAUUCGAACAAGAAUGUAUGGAGGACGAGGCUCCGGAGCUCUACUUUACCGAUCCGGAGCAGCUCGCCGACGUGUUCAGGUUUAUGGAAAUGCAGAAUCUGAACUCGCUGCUGCACUCGGAAGAACUGGCACUGCCGCUCGAGCAAAUUAAAGAGGGGAUGAGCAGGGCGGAAGAGAUGUUCGACGAAGAGAUUCGUAACUUGCGGGAAAUCGUCGACAGACUCGAGGAAGGCAUAUUAUGGGAGGAGGAUCGCGCCAAAUACUUGGAAGAACUUGCCCUAAAUUUGAUCAAUAACGAGUUCAAGAAACUGAUAGUCGACGAUGAGGUGCUGAAUCUGCACGUGUUCGUCGAGGACGUGUACGAAACGCGGAUAGGACCUAAUGACGCUAACCUCAGCAUGGUGGAAAUGAUGAACGCAGUGGAAGCCAAGUACAGAAGCGAACUGCUCUCUCUGGACAUGGUGCCCGCUGAGGAAGUCGCGGUAUUGGAAGGCAGCUACUACCUAGAGCAGAUGACGGUGAUGCGGCUUGCGGAGAAGGCCGCCAAGCAAUACCAAGAGCUCGAGCAGAUCACCCGCAAGCUUAACAAAGCGUUCGCGGAGCCGUACGUGAAACCGCGCGGCAAGGAGCCCAAGAAGCGCUCGCCGCCGGUGGCGCACCGAUCGCGCCAAGUGGCUCCCCCUAGGGAGCUAACGGACAGCGAGAGGGAGUACCUGGAAUAUUUUACGGAAUUCUGCUCGCAUACAGACGACCCGAAGGAGUACGGCAUCGACGUUUUCGAUAAGAACAAGAAAAACGAAGUCGAAAUAGUGAAAAAUUAUGGCUAAUUUGGGCUAAUAAAAUCUGAUU